AUGCCCGACAAGCAUCCCAUGUCCCAGAGCGAUGCAUCUCGCAUCCAGAGCAGCCAGGCCAAGGGUGGCGGCGACAUGAGCUCGGGUGGGUUUGCCGCCCGAGCCCAAUCCGGGGCCGCCCAUAACACCAACUCGGGUGCUGGCCAGAACACGGGGUCGCAGGGGAAUAAUGGGGGCGGUGGUGCUGGUGGGAAGAAGUAG